AUGGUGGAAACAAGCCCGACGCCAACUAGCCCCUGGCCUGGCCUGAUCACCCAGUUUGCACCGCCCGCGUCAUGCUCCUCCAUCUUUGAGCUGUUGAGCACCGAGACAAGUGUAGGUACCGCCAACGGCGUCACCUCCACAUGGACCUCAUCCAUCUUGACGUCGGACGAGGCCAACAACGCAUUCUCUAAAUGUCAGCCGUCCGGGUGGGAGCAAAGACAUUUCCAGUUCAGUCCAGGUGUGUGCCCCAGCGACUGGGGGUACUGGGGUUUGACUGCGACGAGCAGUGGUUCUGUAGCCGUGUCCCAGGCUCUAUGUUGCGCAAGAAGUUAUACUUUAUACCAUGAGUCGGAGGGGAAUGACUGCAUCAGCUCCACAUACAAUGGCCAGACCUCAACCAUCCUCAGGCACAGUCCCUGGCUCGUCCACUGGCAGACUUCAGACACGUCGUCCUUCGACUUCUCAAUCCCCGCGUUGACUUCGUCUCGCUCCGUCGCUCAGUGGACACCCGGGCAGUCGCUCUCACCCACCGCAGGCUACGACGACAAUAAGACAGGCUCCGGAGACAGCUAUGGUGGGCUUCGGGGCGGUGUUCUCGCUGCUGUGAUCGCUGUUCCAGUCAUCGUAUUUCUUCUUGCAGUGGGCGGAUGCGUUGCAUGCUUUGUUGUUCGCAAGAAGAGGCGCCGCCACGCACAGGAAAUAAGAACAGCACAAGAUGCUCGGCAGCAGUAG